AUGGAGGAAGCCGGAUCAAACGGCUCAGAAAGAUCGGAUGGUGACAGGCAGCUCCUCGUCGUCCAGGACAUCGCGGCGGUGCUCUUCCCGGCCACCGAGUGCGUCCUCGGCAGGGACGACGACCUCGUCCUCCUCGUCGAGUCUUUGCCCGCCAAGCUCACGGCGCGAUCGACGGCCUCGAGGCCUUCGCCGCAGGCGCCGUGGGGCACCCGCUGGGGCACGGCGGUGGUGGCGGCCGAGCACGGGGGAGCUCCCCAUCCCAUCCACUGUCUUCCGCUUCGGCCUAGCUCGCCCUCCGCUGCUCUGCCCGCGGCCGUGCUCGCUCGCCGCCCCUCCGCCGCCGCGCUCGCCCUCCGCUGCUUUGCCCACUGCUGCACUCACCCGCCGCCGCUCCUCCGCCGCGCUUGCAUAUUUUUUGUUAGUGGCUGGUUGCAGGAAGCAGGCUAUGAGCUACUCCUAUGGGCUCGGAAGGAACUCGAGAACUUGGAGGUUGUCACGGCGGACGACGGCGGCAGUGGCGAUGGCAACACCGUUACCGUGCAUGGCGACAAGGCUCCCGUUGAUGGCAAAGGAGAGGCAGCGACUCCGGCGAAACGCGCCGACGUAUCAGGUGGCCAAGAAUGCGGCGUGGUCCGCGUGGAGGAUGUACAGCGGGUGGAGACGCCAGCUGCAGAGAUCACGAAUGCCAUGAAGGACACGGAGAUCGUGAAGAAUAAGGACCAGGAGAGAGGAGGCAGCGAGAGGGAAGAAGAGGAGACUGUUGCCAUGGCCGGCACGGGGAGCAGGGAGGAAGCAUCUCUUCGAUACAGCAUGGAAAUAGGGGAACCUCCUUACCGGCGGGAGCGGCGGGACGGCGGGUGCGCUUGCACUAACUCGUGGCCGCGGCGGGUCAGGAAGGCAGGCGACGCUGCCGGUCGCUGGGCUGCGGCGGCGGAUGGAGUCGCGUCGUCGGUAACCGCUGGCGGGCGCGGGCGGCGAAGGGCGAUGGAGGAAAAGGGGAGAGAAUGA